UCAAAAUCGAUUAAAACUUUUAUUUGGGCAGAGAAAGAGAGAAAAUGUCAGGAAGAGGAAAAGGAGGAAAGGGUUUGGGAAAGGGAGGAGCAAAGAGGCACAGGAAGGUAUUGAGAGAUAACAUUCAAGGAAUCACUAAACCAGCAAUCAGAAGAUUAGCGAGGAGAGGUGGUGUGAAACGUAUUAGUGGAUUGAUUUAUGAAGAGACUCGUGGUGUUCUUAAGAUCUUCUUGGAGAAUGUCAUCCGUGAUGCUGUUACUUACACUGAACAUGCUAGGAGGAAGACUGUCACUGCAAUGGAUGUUGUCUAUGCUCUUAAGAGGCAAGGAAGAACUCUCUACGGAUUUGGGGGUUAGGGUUUUAUAUGUUUUGUAAAGAAAGUUUAGAUCUGGGUUUUAAUUUGUUUGUUUUCUUUUUGGUUUCACAUGAUGUACCAACCUGGAAAUUAACAUGAUGAAUGUGAAAUGUUUUGAGAAUCAGUAGUUUGUUUCUGUU